AUGAUGUCUAACUUUUCUUGUAGUCAGGACGAGGCCCAGCAGAUUGACGAGGAGCUGUUCACUCAGUGUGCGUUCUCAGUGGACCAGCUGAUGGAGCUUGCCGGUCUGGGUUGUGCUACAGUGAUACAGCACGUACGUCUCCUAAUACUAUUUCCCUAUCCUAUUAAUCCUGUUGCCGCAGUGUCUUGCCAAUUAGUACAAUACGAGUGGAAGCAGCUGAUGAGUGCUCGCGAAAUUUAUGGUUCCAUUAAAUUUUGCUACAUAGGCAAUCUUCAAAUUUGUACCUGGGAAAAGAUGCUUCAGAACGAUUUAUACGGAAAUCUCGCCUACCCCUUGGAGUCCCUGAAGGUGGCUGACGGAGCUGUAUUGAUCUGCUGUGGCCCCGGAAAUAAUGGUGGCGAUGGACUGGUCUGUGCACGUCAUCUUAAGCUCUUCGGCUACAAACCUACCGUCUAUUAUCCUCGCACACCUCAAAAGCCGCUCUACAAAAACCUUGUUACUCAGUGUGAGAAGAUGGGUAUUCCAUUCCUCUCCUACAUUCCUUCGAAUGUUAAAAUACUGGAGUCUUCAUACUCGCUGAUUGUCGAUGCUCUCUUUGGCUUCGGUUUCCGUCCGCCUCUAAGAGGUGAAUUUGCAGAGGUUGCCCAGCAGAUCUCCACUCUCAAGCUCCCUCUGGUCUGCAUUGACGUACCCUCAGGCCUUGCCAACUUUCGUCCUUCCACAUCCAUAUACUACGACGAACUCAGCUGUGAAACCUGCGCCUCCGAUAGCCUGCUAGUAAGCUCACAGACAAGCCUAAACCAGAAUUUCCGCCACCUAUGCCUCGAUUGCUGGUUGUUGCAUCCGACUUGUGCCUGUUCGUUUGCAACUUCCCUCUUGUGA